AUGGCCAAUUCCAAUGCCGAGGGUCCCCAGCCAACCCUGCUGCCGGAUGCUCCAUCCAGGGACUUUAUGACGGAAGCUCAAUGGGAGACCUUGUUUGCCCUUGUCGAUGGCAUCUUGCCGUCCAUCACCUCGGCUACCUCUUCUGCGGUGACGGACAAGAGGGGUAGCAUUGUUCUAUCAGACAGGGACUUCGAGAAGCUUGUCGACGACUGCGUCUCAGCUCUUUCCAAGCCCCCCCCGAGAAACAAGGUCAAGGACUAUCUCGAGUACCGUCCUUCUCAGGAUGCCAACGUUAGAGAUAGCUGCCUACGGUCGAUUGCGGAUAAUCCCCAGCGUGGCCAGUUGAGCACAGUCUUGAAUCUCCUCGGCGGGUACCUGGGUAGCAGGCUCCUGACUGGGUAUUGGACUCCCAUCGCCCAACAGCCCACCAAAAUCCGACAAGAAAUCUUGCAGUCUUGGGCCUCGUCUCGUUUCACUGCUCUCCGGAUGCUCUGCAAAUCGAUUGCAUCACUGGCCCAACUGGCAAAUUCUGUCCAAAGCCAGUGGUUCCGGGACAUCUCGGGCUAUUCAGACGUUCCUCGUGAUUGGAAGCCAAACCAAGGCCACGACUACGACUUUCUCCAGGUGCCUGCCGGAACGGGGAUUCACGAAAUUUCGACCGACGUGGUCAUUGUCGGAUCGGGAUGCGGCGGCGGUGUCUCGGCCAAGAACAUAGCCGAAGCUGGACAUAGAGUUAUCGUGGUCGACAAAGGUUACUACUUUCCGCCAACGCAGUUGCCCAUGACUCAACCUGCCGCCUCUCAUUAUCUUCUUGACGCCGGCGGCGCCUACUUCUCGGAUUCCAACAGCACGGGGGUCAUUUGUGGCGGCUCGUGGGGCGGCGGCGGCACCGUCAACUGGAGCGUUUGCUUUCGAUUGGAAGAUCAUGUCCGUGACGAGUGGGCCGCGAGUGGGUUGCCGCUGUUUGCCUCGAGCGACUUUGACGACAGCAUGGAUCGGGUUUGGGACUUUGUCGGCGCCAGCAAGGAUGCGAUCCGCCACAAUGGGCGCAACCAGGCCUUGCUGGAUGGUGCCCAGAAGCUGGGCUGGAAGGGCGGCGCUGUCGAGCAGAACACGGCCGGCAAGGAACACUACUGCGGCCACUGCCACCUUGGCUGCGGCUCAGGCGAGAAGAGAGGCCCCGCCGUGGCCUGGCUCCCCGCUGCCGGCAAAGCCGGUGCCGAGUUCAUGGAAGGAUUCGCCGUGGACAGGGUCCUUUUCGCCGAGGACGGAGUCACGGCAACGGGAGUAGAAGGCUUGUGGACCGCACGAGGCGAAAAUGGGCAUCUGCAUGAGGCGACAUCCUCCCGAACCCAGCGACGAGUUGUCAUCAAGGCCAAAAAGGUCAUUGUGUCUGGCGGAUCCAUAUGGAGCCCCGUCAUCCUUGCCAAGAGUGGCGUCAUGAACCGUCAAGUCGGAAGAAACCUUCAUCUGCACCCGACGAAUCUUGUUUCCGCCGUCUUCGGAACGCGGGAGAUGCUGUCGUGGGAAGGAGGCAUCAUCACGUCCUACGUCAGCGAGUUUGACAACCUGGACGGAAAAGGCCAUGGAGCCAAGCUGGAGCCUACCUGCAACGUUCCCUACACGACGUUUGCCGUUCAGUCGUGGAAGGACGGUGUCGAUGCCAAGGUGUUGGCGCUGAAGUAUAGGCACCUGGGAACCUUCAUUUCCUUGGUCAGGGACCGCGACACUGGCCGCGUGUAUGCAGACCCCGACAAGGGCACGCCCCGGAUCGACUACACCAUGUCCGACUUUGAUCGUCAGCACGCCCUUGAGGGUGUUGUUGCUUUGGCCAAAAUAUGCUACGUCACAGGAGCCACCGAGAUCCGACCCCACUACCAUCACCUGGCACCCUUCACACCCAAAGACGGCGGCAAGAGGCAGGCCGAGCUUCAAGCCGGCGAGGACCCAGAGUUCACUGACGCCGACUUUGCGGCAUGGAUCAGGGAGCUCCGACGGGUCGGAAACGAGCCGCCGGUGGCGAUAUCUCUAUCGGCUCAUCAGAUGGGAUCCUGCCGCAUGAGCGCCGACGAGGAGUCCGGGGUCGUGGACAUGCAUGGCAAGGUUUGGGGCACCAGCAACCUGUACGUGGCCGAUGCCAGCGUUUUCCCCAGUGCAAGCGGCGUCAAUCCCAUGAUCACGACCAUGGCGCUCGCCGACUGGAUCUCACGAGGCGUGGCCAGGGAGCUGGAUGGAUGA